AUGCUAGAUCCAGCCACUGAAUUGGUGCCACCACCAUCUUCACCCACAAUCUCUUCCAUUUCUUCAUCUGAUCUUGACACUGAGUCCACCGGAUCAUUCUUCCAUGACAGAAGCACCACAUUAGGGACUCUAAUGGGAGUGAACUUCCCAACCAUUACAUUCAGAGUCCCAUCACAGCACCGGAACCCAAUUUCCGCCGCUGAGGCAACCGGCAGCGCAAGGGGGACCGCCGCCGCAGUCAAGAAGAAAAAAAGGGCCACCGUCGUGACGACAUCGACUGCGGCGGAAAGACGGCGGAGGUGGUGGCAGCUUUGCCGAGACGGUGACGCCAGACCGGCGUCGCUUGGGGAGUUUCUGGAGGUGGAGCGGCGGUUCGGAGACGGCACGUUCUACGGCACGGCGGCGGAGCUCGAGGGGAUGGUCGCCGGCCACCAGCAGAGAAACGGUGGCAGAGUGCUCUUCGCCAACGGGAGGGUCCUUCCACCUACGGCCGACGUAGACAACGGAACGCCGCCGUCGGAGAGCCUUUGCAAUCGGUUUCCGGUCUCGCUCGCCGGAAUUUGCAGCGGCGGAGCGGCUUAG